AUGUCGCCAGGAAGUGUCGUCGUUACUGGAGCCAACCGAGGAAUCGGACUGGGACUCGUUCAGCAGUUUGUGAAGGAUAAGAACAUCCGACACAUCAUCGCCACGGCUAGAGAUGUCGACAAAGCUACAGUAAGCCUUUUCAUUUCUGCUCAGACUCUUCAAAUAUGCUCUCUGUUUAAGGAAUUGAACGCGAUCAAAGACUCCCGUCUGCAUGUUUUGCCGCUGGCGGUUACUUGCGAUAAGUCCAUUGAUACGUUUGUAUCGAAAGUGACCGAGAUUGUGGGUUCGGACGGACUCAACCUUCUUGUGAACAACGCCGGAAUUGCUGUGAAGUACGGAAGCAAGACGGUUAGUGGGCAUUGCGGCAACAUACUUUACUAAUUCUUGAAUAUAUCAUUCCAGGAGCCGAGCCGUGCCGCGCUCACCGAGCAACUCGACGUGAACACUGUCAGCGUAGUGCUUCUCAGCCAAAAGUUCAUUCCGCUUCUGACCAAGGCUGCUGCCAAGGUCUCUGGCGAUGAUCUCUCCGUUUCUCGAGCUGCCGUCGUCACAAUCUCUUCCGGCCUCGGAUCGAUCACAGAAAAUACCACCGGAUCCGGAUGGUUCCAGUCCCUUGCCUACAGAAUGAGCAAAUCUGCAGUCAAUCAGUUUGCCAGAACAUUUGCGAUUGACUUGAAAGAGGAACAUAUUCUGGCAGUCAACUUCUGUCCAGGAUGGGUGCAAACCGAUAUGGGAGGGCAGCAGGCUCAGCUGACAGUGAGUGGAAUACGUUUGAACGGAAAGAGGAAAAAAGAGAGAUUUGCAGGUGGAACAGUCGACGAGCGAACUGGUGGCCAGCUUCGAUAAACUUGGAAACUCUCACAACGGAGGAUACUUCAAGAGGGACCUGACUCCAUUCGAAUUCUAA